UACGCAUCAUCUCCAUUAAAUGAGCGCUUUUUUGAGAUAGUUUGGUUUGCCGCUGUUUGCGUGCUCAGCACUCUCAGCAGUCAGCUGUUCUGUGACAUAUUCACACAUAUUGACACGACCUUGAUUCGUAUUCGUAAUCUCCACAAAUAAUCACGAAGUUAUUAUGGGUUGGAAGUUGAUAAAUAUGCACUAGGCUUUUAUUUAAUAAAGCCAGGAAGCUUGUAAGUUAUUUAUUGAAUGCGCAAAAAUGCAGCGGGUGUGGUUUUUUGUUUUUACAAUAGUGACUGUGUUUACACAAGGAUUGAAGAAACCGACCAUUCUUGUGUCUGUUUUGGUAAGAAACAAGGCCCAUACUUUACCGUAUUUUUUAUCGAAUUUCGAAAGACUGAAUUAUCCAAAAGAUCGUAUGUCUUUGUGGAUUAGAAGUGACCAUAAUAGUGAUAAUAGCAUACAUAUUUUGAAGUUAUGGGUUGAGUCAGUAAAAAAUGAGUAUCAUUCGAUUCAUACAGAACUUGAAGAUACUGCAAAAUCAUUUCCAGGUGAAAGCGGUAUUGCUGACUGGCCAGACAGUAGAUUUACUCAUGUUAUGAAUCAAAGACAAGCUGCUUUAGAAUUUGCCAAGAAUAUAUGGGCUGACUAUCUUUUGUCUAUUGAUGCCGAUGUAUUUCUCACCAAUCCAGAAACAUUAAACUAUUUGGUAUUAAAGAAUUUUACAGUUGUAUCUCCCAUGCUUCGGUCUAAUGGACUAUAUUCUAAUUUCUGGCAUGGUAUGACUGAUAAUUACUAUUACCAUCGAACUGACGAAUACAAACCUAUUGUAAAUAGGAAUAAUAUUAGCUGUUAUAAUGUGCCUAUGGUUCAUUCAUGUGUUAUGAUUGAUUUGAGGAGGGCAGAAUCAGAUUUACUAACUUAUAUACAUGAAAAUUUGCAAGCAGAUGAUAUUCCGUAUGAUGACAUAAUUGUCUUUGCACUUUCUGCCAGAUUUAACAAUAUACCAUUAUAUUUAUGUAACGAAGAAGUUUUUGGUUACAUUCCUGUUCCACUGGAACCAAGUGAAGAGUUAGUUGAUGAUGAUGAUCAUUUAUUAAACAUAAAAAUGGAAGUUUUAAAUUCAGGAAAUUCUUUGUAUGUUAGUGAUUUGCUUAAGGAGUUCAUAAAAUUACCAGAAAAAGAUCGAAUGGACUUUGAUAAAAUAUUUAUGAUUAAUUUAAGAAGGAGACCUGAUAGAAGAGAUAGGAUGCACAAGUGUUUUGAUGAGAUGGGCUUGGAUGUUGAAACCAUAGAUGCUGUAGAUGGGCAGGAAUUAAAUGAGACAUUUUUAAAAUCUAUUUCUUUUAUGCCUGAUUUUUAUGAUCCGUAUCAUAAAAGGCCCAUGAAGUUAGGAGAAAUAGGUUGCUUUUUAAGCCAUUAUCAAGUAUGGAAAGAUGUUGUUAAGAAUGGAUAUGAAAAAACUUUGGUUUUGGAAGAUGAUAUUAGAUUUGAAUCUUAUUUUAGGAAAAAAACUAAAUAUACCAUGGCUGAAGUCAUGCACAUGCCAGGUUGGGAUUUAGUAUAUUUUGGUAGAAAGCGUCUCCAAGAUCAAGAUGAGCCUUGGGUUGAAGGCUCUAACUAUCUUGUACACGUAGGGUAUUCUUAUUGGACGUUGGGUUAUGUCCUCAGUUUAAAUGGUGCCAAAAAACUCCUUGAAGCCGAACCUUUAAAAAAAUUGGUGCCAGUGGAUGAGUAUUUGCCCACUUUUGAUAAACACCCACAGGAAUCAUGGAAAAACCACUAUCCUAAGAGAGAUUUAGUAGCAUUUUCAGUGGCUCCUUUGCUACUCUAUCCUACUCAUUAUACAGGGGAAAAAGGUUAUAUCAGCGAUACUGAGGAUUCAGUUGUUAUUCUGAAGAAGUCAUCAUUAAAGAUGACCUAUGAGGAUACUCAUUUGUAGUUAAUCAUAGAAUCUCAAAAUAUUUUGAAGACUGAUAAGCAUAUUUCAGUUUUGUAGCACAAUUAUUAGUGUUACUAUAUUAGUGCAAUUGUAGGGAAAUUUCUAUCAACUGAAUAGAAAAUAGAAUUUCAAAAUUUUAUUUUCAAUUUUUAGUUAUUUAUUUUUAAUCUUAUUAAGGCUUUAUUGAUCUAAUUUUUAUUGCCAUUUUUUAUUAAUAGACUAAAGAGUUCUAAAGCUGUGUAUUCGCUAGCUACUCUAUACUUAAAACCAAAGAAAGCAAUCUGAAUUAACGUUAGAUUAGUGAUUUUACGGGACUUAAAAGUUCAGACUUUUGUUAGAUAUAUUUUUAUCAUCAAAGUUAAAAGAUGUACUUAAGUAAUUUUUUUUUAUAUUUUUCCUAAAAGACAUUUUUAGAGUACCUCAUUCUCGAAAAAGAACGGUGUCAAGUUACUUUAGAAAAGCCGAUUGAUAUCUUUUACCAUAUAAUUUUACAUAUAAAAUGUCAAUCGAUAUUGCGAAGUUAAUAUUGCUACUUAUCCUGCCUGUAUAUUGCUACAUAUGAUUUAAUCUAGGUUUCUAAAACCGAAGUUUUAAUAGAAGAGCAAUAAUGGACAAACAGGGAUGUAAUUUUAAGGAUUUUGGUGUCAUAUAUUUUAUUUUGGUUGAUUAGUUAAAAUAAAUUUUAUUUGCAUUGUGAUUUACAUGCCAUCGAUUAACCGAAAUGUAUUCAGUGAUAAAUGUGCCUUUAUAGUUUAUAGUAUAUUUUUUUACUAAUAAAUAUAUACAUUUAUUGUACGAGUAGUGUAUUACAAGCAUUAGAAAAUCA